CUGCCGCAAAAAAAGAGCGUGGUCGGUGACCUGCAGCUUUCAAAAUUUCCAAGCUCACCGCUGCGGCUUAAAUUUUUAGAGGAUUUAUUUGCGAUUUCCUCAAUAAGCGUAAAAAAUUCUCCAAGUUAAACAUAAAAAAAUUAGUUCAGAUCGUCGCUUCGUCUCAAAUUGUCGGCUGAAAAAUGCCGUCUAUCAUCAAGCUGCAUGCCAUUUCUGGCGCCCAGGAAGAGUCGCCGCCGUGUUAUUUGUUGCAAGUUGAUGAAUUCAGGUUCCUUCUGGACUGCGGCUGGGACGAAAAGUUCAACCCUAACUUCAUAAAAGAGCUGAAAAGAUAUGCUAGCCAAAUUGACGCUGUGCUGCUGUCAUUCCCGGACCACCAGCAUUUGGGCGCUCUGCCUUACAUGGUGGGAAAAUGCGGACUGAACUGCCCGAUUUACGCUACAAUCCCAGUCUAUAAAAUGGGUCAGAUGUUUAUGUACGACCUUUACCAGUCAAGAACAAAUAUGGAAGAUUUUGAUAUUUUCUCUCUAGAUGAUGUGGACGCAGCUUUUGAUAAAAUCAUCCAGCUCAAGUACAACCAAACAGUGGCCCUGAAAGGCAAAGGAUAUGGAUUGUCCAUUACACCUCUUCCCGCUGGACACAUGAUUGGAGGGACAAUGUGGAAAGUUGUCAAAAUGGGUGAGGAGGACAUUGUCUACGCCAUUGACUUCAACCACAAGAAAGAAAGGCACUUAAAUGGCUGUGAGUUGGAGAAACUGGCAAGGCCGUCAUUGCUGAUCACCGACGCCUUCAAUUCCAUGUAUGAACAAGAGCGGAGGCGAAUUAGAGAUGAAAAACUCAUGACAAACAUUCUGCAAACCCUUCGAAAGGGUGGAAAUGUCUUAAUUUCCGUGGACACUGCCGGCCGGGUUCUGGAGAUUUCACACAUGCUGGACCAGCUGUGGCGCAACAAAGAGUCUGGUCUAAUGGCCUACUCUGUGGUUUUUCUCAAUAACGUCAGCUACAACGUGGUUGAGUUUGCCAAGUCGCAGAUCGAGUGGAUGAGUGACAAACUUAUGCGGACCUUUGAGGGUGCCAGGAACAACCCUUUCCAAUUCAAGUACUUGCAGCUUUGCCACAGCAUUGGUGAGCUGAACAAAGUGCCUAAUCCUAAAGUUGUCCUGGCCAGUUCACCAGACAUGGAAUCUGGAUUUUCAAGAGAUCUCUUUCUCCAGUGGUGCUCAAAUCCUCUGAACAGCAUUAUUAUCACUAGCAGGACAACGCCGGGGACCCUGGCAAGGAAUCUUAUAGACCAAGAGUACAGUCCGUUCACCAUCAGUCUUGAUGUUAAGAAAAGGGUUCCGCUAGAGGGGGCAGAAUUGGACGCCUACCUCAAAAUCGAAAAGGGGAAAAACGCAACAGCAGUGAAAAGGUUUUUAACUUCCAGAGUUUUAAUUUCAAGUAACUGUAGUUUUAACUCUACUAGUGAGGAGUUUUCUUCGGACGAAUCUGACAAUGAAAUGGAGCAAGUUGCCUUGGGAAAACACGAUUUGGUGGUUAAACAGGAGGUGAAAACCAAGACUGGUUUUUUCAAGAGCAACAAAAAGCAGUUCCCCAUGUAUCCGUUCCAAGAAGAGAAAGUCAAAUACGAUGAGUAUGGAGAAAUCAUCAGGCCCGAAGAUUAUAAAAUGACUGAUGUUGUUGGUGAACCUGAAGAAGAUGUGGUGAACAAAGAAAAUAUCCAGGUCAAGGAGGAGGAUGUGAAUGUGGAUAUCAAUGAAGUACCCACAAAGUGCAUAAGCACACUUCGGCAUCUUCAUGUAGCAGCUCAGAUCAAAUUUAUAGAUUUUGAAGGGCGUUCUGACGGAGAGUCGCUGCUGAAAAUUGUCACUCAGCUGAAACCACGAAGAAUUUUACUUGUGAAAGGAACACCAGAGAGCACAGCUUACAUGGCAAAUCAUUGCAAAAAAAUCACCGAAGGGAAAGUUCUCACUCCCAAAACCGGAGACGUUGUUGAUGCUACAACUGAAACACACAUCUACCAGGUGAAACUCACUGAUGCUUUGCUGAGUUCUAUGGAUUUCAAAAAAAUCAAAGACGCCGAGGUUGCUUGGCUGGACUCGAAAAUUGCUCAAAAGGAAGUUGAAGAUGUGUUAGUGACAGAGGACGUUACAAUGAAUGAAUCUAUUCUUGGAACAGAAAUCCCCACUCUUGAGCCAGUAAAGGAUGUUAAUCUGACUCAUCAAGCCACCUUUAUCAACAAACUCAAGCUCUCCGACUUCAAGCAAGUAAUUGUUAAGGCUGGCCUGUCCGCUGAAUUUUCCGGCGGUGUUCUUUGGUGUUGCAAAGGGACCAUUGCUGUUAGAAAGUUGGAGACAGGUACUGUAACUAUAGAGGGAUGUGUGUCUCCGGAAUACUAUCAAGUGCGGGAACUUUUGUACAGUCAAUAUGCUAUCGUCUAAAUUUUAAAUAAUUCCAUGUAAUGAAAUAAAUUGAAUGAUUUUUAAG